CUUGAGUUGUUCCUCCUUCUCUUCUCUCAUUACCUCUGCCAACCACUCGGAGCGAGGAUGCCUUCUCGGCCCGAGCUCGUGCUGAACAGGCCGUCCUUCACCGCCUCUCCGCCGCCGAUGACAGGCUCUCCCGCCGACUCCCCGGGGACGGAUGGCACGACUCCACGCCAGUACUUUCGGCGUGAGAGCCUCGCAGUGGCCGGGGCCCGCCGCUCAUCCUUCUACAACUCUUACUCGCCGAGCUCGCCCAUAGCGGUCGCGCCGCGCCGCCGCUCCGGCUCUGGCUCCUUCGGCUCCGUGCCGAGCGCCAGCAGCUUCUCGGCCCGUCCUGAACGCCUGGGAACAGCGGGCUUCGGCGUGAGCUUCCGCAACGCGUUCGCCGCUCCACUCGACGAAGAGACGAUCCAGGAGACGUCGAGCGGCGAAGUCUCCCCUGGCUCCACGAGCCCUAGAGGCCAUCGCCCCGGCGCCCACUCGCGUUCCAUGCCCGUGCCGCGACGUCGGCGGUCGAGCACAAUCGGCCAGAUCCACUGGCUCCCGGGAGGCGCAGGCGGAGAGACUGGCGACGAGCCUGGUGUCGACGUGCGCUCCGCCCGCGACCAGGAGGCGUACGGACACCUCAAGGCGCCCACCGCGAUCACAGUCAUUGACUACUCGUCUGAUCCUGAUGCCGAGGACACCAACAUCCGCGUCGACUUCCCCGGCACCAAGCUCAGCAGCUGGCUCAACAGUGCAGCUGGGCAGCGCCCGAUUGGCGACGACCGCAAGCCGCUGGGCGUCCGCUGGAUCCACGUCACCGGCCUCAAUUGGGAGGUCAUGAAGACUCUGACGCUACGCUAUCAGCUCCAUCCCCUUGCGGUCGAAGACGCGCUCCGCUCCAGCCGCUCGCCUAGAUCCAAGAUCGACUACUAUAGAACACACAUGUACCUCCAGAUUCUGGUGCACCACAUUCACGGCCCAGACAAGGACGCCCUCGAGAAAGCGACGGUCGGCCUUGCAGAGGGUGAGGAUGGGAGACAGUGCUGCGACGACGCGGACCACGACCAUGACCACCGGGUGGACGACAUCGAGGCGGUGAUGCCCAAGAAACAGCGCUGGUGGCACCGCAACCCCGAGGGCCAGAUCCGUCUUCCUGAGGGCGUGGACGCCGUAUUUGGCCCCACGAUGCCGGGCCAAGCGCGCCGCAAGAAGGGCGAGGAUGGCAAGUGUGAGCCGAGCGAGGUAGACAUGACCGAGACGCACAGACUGGUCGUCGACCAGCUGUCGGCCUCGUACAUGGUGCCAAUACGGAAGGGGAUCAUCUCGGCGUUCAUGAUGCGCGACGGCCUUAUCAUCACGAUGUGCGAGAGCGACAUGAGCGAGGCCCUCGAGCCGAUCUACGAGCGUCUCGAGGACGAGCACUCGCUUCUCCGCCGCUCCGGCGACGUGAGCAUGCUUGCACAGGCGCUGGUGGACGUUACGGUCGACUUGAGCAUAGAGAUAGCGCAGGCGUUCGAGGCCGAGAUUCUCAAGGCCGAGAGUCAGGUCCUUGUGUCUCCCCAGCUCGAGUUCGUGCGCCGCCUCUUCAUCGUCCAAGCGCAGAUCACGCGCUUCCGCCGGCAGCUCACGCCCCUGCUCUACGCGUGCUACAUCAUACGUGACCAGGACACGGCGCGAUCGGCGGCAGCAGGCGAGCUGACGCUCCCGCGUAGACACCGUUCCAACUCGACGGCGACGGCGGCCAGCCUCUCCGCCAUGGGUGCGGGCUCAGGCCAGCAGUCGUCCAUGGGCCUCGGCCCGUCGCAGGGUGUCUCGCCACACCUCGCCGCCGGCCCGCAGGGCAUCCCCAACAUUCACGGGCUGCACGGGGGCAACGCGGCCGUGCCCGGCUUCGCGAUCCCCGGCCUAGCCCCCGCCGGCGCAGGCACGGCGGGCGGCCUCAGCGGGCUGGGUGGCAUGGGCCUCCCGUCAGUGCCGAACGUCGCCAUCCCCGGCUCGGGCGCAGGCGCAGACAUGCCGCCGGCCGACAUUCCGGAGGAGGGCGAGUGGACGCCGUCGCGCGAGGGUUCGGGUCCGGCAGGCGCCGCAACGCCCACGCCUGUGCAAAACCCUACGGCCGCCGCCAAUGCCGCGACCGCGCUCGCUGUUGGCGCGGGCCACCAUUCUGCGCCCGGCUACUUUUCGCUCCUGAGCAAAGUGUACAUGAACGAUGUUAUUGACCACCUUGAGAUGGUGGUCGGCUCGUCCGAGCAGUUCGUCAGCACUUGUGACCACCUCACCGACUACGUGUUCAACGUGCUCUCCUUCCAGACCAACAACAGCAUGGAGCGCCUGAGCAUCGUGACGGUCAUCUUCCUGCCUCUGACUUUCAUCUCCUCGUACUUCGGCAUGAACUUCACGGAUUUCCCGGCACUCGAGACGGACGUGUGGAACGGAUUCUGGAAGUAUGCCGCGCCGCUCACCAUUGCCUUCUUCGUUAUCUUUUCGUUCUCGUAUAUCCAGACGGGGUGGGACACGCUGCGGCGCCGCGCCGAGCGGCGCCAGAGGGAGCGCGAUAUUGGACGGCGCAGAUUCUCGUACGAGAAGCUUUAGGUAAGGAUAUGCAUCGUGUGUGGGAAGGAA